AGCUUCGACAUAUCCGACUCGAUCUACCAUUGAUUCCCACCAUGUUCACCCGAAGCGCUCUUGUUUUUGCAUUCCUAGGCCUCACUAGCGCCUUUGCGACUCCUACCAAGUCUCUUCGCCUUGAAGACUUACAGUGCCGUUGUUUGUCUUUCUCAACAAGUGCAGCACCUACACUAUGCACUUAUCAAGAACUGGUCUCGCUCGAUUGGGACGCUGCAUACCUACUGGCAACGACCAAUGAUCUCAAGAUCCAAUUUGCGAGCGAAGCCGCUGUACAUCAGGUGCUGUCAAUACCCAGACAUCUACCUACCAGCGUACUUCAAACUGUCCAAGAAGGAGAGGCGCGCCCAUUGGACCCAUCGAAUAGGAUCCAGAAUGAGAAUAGGAUUAUAUGCGGUUUCGGUGAUGAAAUUGAGGUCGUAGGCAAUGAUGACAGGGAUUCGGUACCGGAGAUACAUUACAUUGGCGCGGUACUGGGCAUAUUCAUGUCGCUUCUUAUCAUCUACCUCAUUGCGGAGUUUAUUUGGAUCAGAUUCGUAACUCGAACAGGAAGCAUCAAGCUCGAAGGCGAUGAGAAAACUCUGGUCGCUGACUGCGAAUCAACACCCCUGAUUGUUACACUCCUGAACCAAGGCGUAUACAAUACAUCGCCAUCAAGCUUGCCAUGAAGACGGUCACGAACAAGAAACAUGCGUCUGGAUAUGUACCUGCCUUCAUGGCAAACCCAUCAAUGAGGAUAUACUCAGACGACACUAAACAUCAAAUCAUGACGAUACGACACACAUUUCCUUCUACCUCACAAUGUACACGACAAUGUGUCCACUCAUCGAUACCGCACCACACCCACACCUUUCCAGCAUCCGGCACACUUGCGCGUUACAACUAGACAGCGCAAAGUGUUCUCGGGGAAUUGUAUGCGGCACAGGAAGACAGGGAGAAACAAUUGCGAUCUGGAUCAAGCGGGGUAGUCCAAGUAGGCACCGCGAGAGCCUCCCAAGGCUAGACAUGUAGGCAAACAGAGAGCCAACAGUAGAACAACGGAGCAAGUAGACUAGAAGGAGAACAACACGGAAACUUUAACAUAUACCACAUAAAAAGAUAUUAUACCCUC